AUGGCUUUCACGGACCUUGAAACGUCUGGCCUUAGAUCUUUCGUGGAAUGUAUAUGGGAGAGAGUUCUUGAGUAUGAAGCCAUGGCCAGAUCGCGUGGCCUUCAAGUGGACGCUGGGACUCAUUGUAUCACGUCUGUGGGCUGUGAGUCAGAAACGCGUCAAGUUUCCAUGAAUAAGCGACUUGAAGCGACCUGUCACCGAUGGUGGUACAAGUUUGAGGGUAAUAGAUACUACCAUGACUGUAAAGAAUGGUCGGACAAGGCAAAACUCCAAGAAUAUACUGUACCAGAGGAUGUGCGUAUCCCAGACCUGGCCUAG